AUGCAAGUCAGAAAUAUUCAGAACAUAGCACCGAGUCUAACUGACAAGAGUAUAAAGAUAUACUAUGAACACGUUAUGAUGAAACCAACCAAAAUUCAAGAAAGUCAGUAUACUUAUGAAUAUCCAAGACACUGGGUAGAGUAUGUAGGAGGUGAGAAAGCUAUUGAAAUAAGACAAGUUAGAAGUAUUCCAGCAGGAAGGACAAUAUUAUUGAAGAACUUUAAUGUUUUGAGAUAUAAUGAUGAAACAAAGAAGCAAGAUAGUUUCCCUGUUGCUGUGUAUGUGAACUUAGAUACAGGAGAUGACAUGAAAGUUUUUAACACAAAGCUUCAAAUGGUAUUGAAAGAACAACUUAUAGCAGAAGGACACCCAUUACCUUCAGAAGUUACCAUAGCAUAUAAUUUUGAAACAAACUCAAUAGAUUUUAAAGUCGUCUCUGCAAAGAAGUCAGGAUUUACAUUUAAUGAAGCAGAUGUAUAUUCGAAUGAAAACUUCAAAGCUAUUGCAUG